AUGCGAGGGCGCUCGCUGUUGGGCCUGAUAACCUUCGACGGAUUCACGACGUUGGUUGAGAUGCCGUGGAGGUACCUCGUCGUCUUCGUCGCGUCGCUUUACAUCGCGUCCUUUCUCGCCUACGCCGGCGUAUGGUUUGGAAUCUCGCGUCACCUCCCCGGCUGCCUGUCAGGGUUUGAAGACGGGUUCAACGCGGCGGUGAUCUUCAGCGUCGCGACGCAGACCACGAUCGGGUACGGCACCCGGUCCAUCGUCGGGAGCUGCCGCACGGGCACCUUCGUCCUCCUCUGCCAGAGCCUCACGGCCGUGUUCGUGAGCGCGUUGAGCAUCGGUUUAAUCUUCCAGAGAAUCGCCGAUCCGAAGCACCGCACUCGUUCGGUGUUCAUAAGCGACGCGGCGUGCAUAUCGUGCAGGGACGGUGAGCUCACGUUCAUGUUCAGGGUGGGCGACGCGCGCGAUCGCAAGGUCAUCAACCCAAACAUACGCGCGUGCCUCUACACGUGGGACGGGCGUAGGACCAAAGAGGGCGAGCACCUGCCCGUGGUCGCCAAGCCAAUGGAAAUCGCGUACCAGGACGGGCACAUGCUCUUACCGAUAACCAUAACCCACGUGAUCGACGAGUCCUCGCCGCUGUACCGACACACGCACGACUCGCUCGUGGCGUGCGGCGCCGAGGUGGUCGUCUCGCUCGAGGGGCAGAUAGAGACGACGGGGCUGAGCUUCAGCGCCCGGCAGAGCUACCUGCCCCAGGAGAUCCUGUGGUCGCACCAGUUCGUCCGCAUCAUU